ACUAACCUAAAAAUCAAAAAUAUACAAAUUCAGCGUUUCUGGCAAUAAUUAACAAUUAUAGAGUGUUUCAAAAUGACUGAUGAUAAAAAAUCAGCCCAAGAAUUUAAAUUAGACCCGGAUAAUGAGUUGAGAUUCGAAGUUGAGUCUAAAAACGAAAAAGUAUAUUUAAUUCUAAAGGCGGGUUUAGCAGAAGUUUUUGGUACUGAAAUUGUUAAAGGCAAAACCUAUGAGUUCUCAUCAGGAGCAAAGGUGGCCAUUUACACAUGGCAGGGCUGCACAAUUGAAGUUAAAGGCAAAACUGAUGUUAUUUAUGUAGCAAAAGAAACACCAAUGGUGACUUAUUCAAAUUGUCAUGCAGCUUUGGAGUUUAUGAGAAUUGAGGCUGAUAAAGAGAAUAAAAAGGGGCCCACAGCUAUGAUAGUAGGUCCUAAUGAUGUGGGAAAGUCUACUGUUUGUAGGAUUUUGUUGAAUUAUGCUGUCAGGAUGGGAAGAAGGCCUAUAUUUGUUGAUUUGGAUAUGGGACAGGGGCAAAUAUCCAUUCCAGGAACAAUAGGUGCUUUGCUCAUAGAAAGGCCAGCAGCUAUAGAUGAGGGUUUUUCUCAGGAGGCACCUUUAGUUUAUCAUUUUGGUCACAAAACUCCUUCUGCAAACAUAACACUUUCCGAAAUGCUUAUUAAUCAGCUAGCAAAUACAGUAAAGGAAAGAUUAGAAGUCAACAAAAAAACAAGAUCAUCAGGUGUAAUAAUCAACACUUGUGGUUGGAUUAAAGGGGGAGGAUAUAAGCAAGUUUUACAUGCAGCAAAAUCUUUUGAAGUUGAUGUUAUUAUGGUUCUGGACCAGGAAAGGUUAUACAAUGAAUUGGUUAGGGAUAUACCUAAUUUUGUUAAAGUAGUUUUUCUGCAAAAGAGUGGAGGAGUGGUUGAACGUUCCAAAACUGCAAGAUCUGAAUCCAGAGACCAAAGAAUAAGAGAAUAUUUCUACGGAACCCCGAAAAAUUCUAUGUACCCGCAUUCCUUUGACGUAAAAUGGUCUGAAAUCAAACUGUACAAAAUAGGAGCGCCACCUUUGCCUGACUCCUGUUUACCAUUGGGAAUGAAAGCUGAUGACCACUUGACAAAAUUGGUACUUUUAACCCCUAACCCUGGUAUUCUGCAUCAUUUGUUAGCAGUGUCUUUUGCUGAGAAAGAUGAUGAUGAAAUUCUUUUAAAUCAUGUUGCUGGAUUUGUUUGUGUGACAAAUGUGGACAAUGAAAGGCAAACUAUUACUUUGCUUUCACCUCAACCAAAACCUCUACCAAACAAUAUUUUACUAUUUUCUGAGUUACAGUUUAUGGAUAGCCAUUAGUUUUAUUUUAUAAGUACCAAUCAAAUAAAAUAUAUAUUUUGUAA